AUGAAGACUGUGGCUGGAGUACUUGUCCUUGCUGUCAGCAGCCUGGCUGUAGGCUCUGAUGCCACCAAGCAAGCUCCACCAGCCCCCACAGGGAGCAGCUACCCCUCGGGCUUUGACAUGACCCGGAGUUGGGCGAAUCUGAGCCCCUAUCAGGAGGCGGAUAGCUUUGGCGUGCCGAAAGGAAUGCCGCACGGCUGUGAGCUGUCCCAAGUUCAUGUGCUGCACCGCCAUGCCGAACGCUAUCCGACCCCGUAUCCCUUGGAUGGGCAGGGGAUGGAGGAUUUUGCCGCGAAAUGGAGCAAUUACACCAAGAGCCUUCAUCUCAAAGCCCCCGCCACCGGUCCUUUGAGCUUUCUGAACGACUGGGAAUACAUUCUAGGGGAGGACACUCUCCUGGCAACCGGCGCUGCGACCGAGGCUACCGCAGGGGCCAGCUUCUGGGCCAACUACGGACGGCUCCUGUACCGUGCCGGCCGGGAGAAUGGAGCGGCCUGGAAUGCCUCGUUGAACGUGUAUCCAAACGGCACGGCGCGUCCUAAGCCGGUCUUUCGCACGACCUCACAGCCGCGGAUUCUCGAGAGUGCUCGAUGGUGGUUGAGUAUGGACUCCCUGAUGUCUCGAGGUGGGUUUUUUGGCGAUACCGGUGCCAACAGUUCUUCCGACCAAUAUGACCUGGUUGUGAUUCCAGAGGCAUCCAACUUCAACAAUACUCUGGCCUCUUACGACUCGUGUCCCGGGGAUAUGACCGAAGGCGAUGAUUCCGCGCAAAAAUUCAUUCCCCGCUAUACUCGGCAAGCCAUCUCCCGUCUCUCCCGACACCUGCCCAAGGACUUUAACCUGACGGCUUUGGACGUGCUGGCGAUGCAGAACAUCUGUGUCUACGAGCACAUCAGCCUUGGCGGUUCCUCUUUCUGUUCACUCUUUACCGAACAGGAGUGGAGGGAUUUUGCGUAUAAUGUCGACGUGCAGUACUAUGGGGACUAUGCGUACGGGUCUCCCACGGGCCGUGCGCAGGGCAUCGGCUAUGUCCUUGAACUGGCGGCUCGACUGCAGGGCACGUUGAUCUACUCCAGCGACACCAGCAUUAACUUCACCUACGACAAUAAUCUGGCACAAUUCCCGCUCGACCAGCCCUUCUACCUCGACAUGUCGCAUGACGAUAUCCUUCUGUCCGUCAUCACCGCGUUGGGACUGCGCUAUUUCAGAUAUGGACCGCACGGCUUGCCCGGGAAUGUUGACCAUGCACUCAACCGGACAUUUGCCAUGAGCCAGAUGACACCAUUCGGAGCGCGCCUCAUGUCGGAGGUUUGGACCUGUCCUCGUAAUGCGUCGCUGGACUCCCUUGCUCCGGUGCUAUAUCGUAAUCCCCAUGUCGAGCACACUGUAGGCACGACCCGAUUCAUCCGCUUCGUUCUGAAUGGAGCUCCCUUGCCGCUCGACGGGCUGGUAGGCUGUGAGCAGGCCCGCCAUGGAUUCUGCCCGGUCGAGGGAUUCCUGAACGGUGUUCCGACGCUGAAGAAAGAGGCAGAAUAUCAAAGGGCCUGCUUCGGACAUUAUCCGACUGGAAGCCAGGUGGGUAACGGCGCUCCAGAAUCUUGA